UCGGUCCAAUUUUUAAAAGAAUUGUUGAAGCUGGAAAGUUGAAACAGAUCAUUCUAGCUCUCUGCCUCUCAGAAGAAGCAAAAGCAAUGGCGGCAAACUCUGAGAGUGAGAAACAAACGUUUCGCUUAUUCUCAACCUCCACCAGUUUGGGUCUAGGGUUUCUUGAUUCUUCAGAAAACCCUCUCCCUCCUACACCUCCACCUCCAUAUCUCGAAGUAAUUUCCACUCAGAUUUCUUCGUCUGUGAAAUACACUGUGGAGCCAGUGAACUUGGGGGAACUUACUUUGCUCAAGGGCCGCGUUAAUACGCAAGAGGUUUUUGGUUUAUCAAACUCUGAUUUAGUCCCAGGGAAAUAUGAAGGGGGACUGAAGUUAUGGGAAGGUUCACUGGAUCUUGUUAAAGCGCUUCACAUGGAGAUUAAAAAUGGCAAUUUGUCACUCAGGGGAAAGCGAGUUUUAGAGCUUGGAUGUGGUCAUGGACUUCCUGGGAUCUUUGCAUGCCUUGAGGGUGCAGCUGCUGUGCAUUUCCAGGACUUCAAUGCUGAGGUCCUACGUUGUCUAACCAUUCCCAAUGUAAAUGCCAAUCUUUCAGAAAAUAUUCAACCCUUGGAAACAAAUGAGAUGAAUGCUGGUGGUGAAGUUCGUUUCUUUGCUGGUGACUGGAGUGAAAUCCAUAAACUUCUUCCACGUGUACAAAGCAAUGGGAAGAAUCUAAACUGUAGCUCAGGUCACAGUCAAGUUGCUAGUUAUGAUAUUAUUUUAAUGGCAGAGACGGUUUACUCAAUCUCCACUCUCCAAAGCCUUUAUGAACUUAUAAAGAUGUGCACAAGCAGUCCUCAUGGAGUUGUUUACAUGGCAGCAAAGAAGCAUUAUUUUGGGGUAGGUGGGGGAACCCGGCGGUUCCUAUCUUUAGUAGAGAAAGAUGGUGUUAUGGCUUCUAACCUGGUUGCUGAAGUUGCAGAUGGUUCGUCCAAUGUCCGAGAGGUAUGGAAGCUUUCAUUUAGGUAGAUCUGGAUUUUCAGAUUUGUGGACUGAAAAUUAUUAUCUCACGUUACAUCUUUUUCAAUGUUCCUUUAUUUCUUUCCUGAGCCAUGUAUGGGCUCAAGCCCAAAAAAAUGUAUGGACUCACAGCCCACCAUACAAGGGACCAAUUUCAACUGAUAUUGCUUUGUGACAAAAUGAAUGUUUAGGUUAUUGUCAAUUCCCCACCCCACCUCCGCCUAUUUGUUUGUUUGUUAUUUUUAUUUUUAGCAUAUCUUUUGGUUC